AUGCGCGCGUUCCUUUUAAUCAGAAUAUGCACUGCCCGAUUUCAAUUGUCGCGUCAGCUAAUAGUGAGACGGCCUUUCUCUGAGGACCUGAAAAACCGUAGCAAGACUGUGAAAGACCAGUUGAAGGACGUUGAUAGCAAGGCCUCCGAUGUCGCCAAGAAAAGUGCUCCGGAGGAAGGCUCGGUUUUUUCAAAGUUGUAUGAUGACGCUGCCAAUUCUGUGAGCUACUAUGCCGAACAAGCAAAAUCUUCCUUGACUUCUGUUCAAGACGGCCUAACAAGCAUUACGGAAACGACAUGGGAGAAAACAAAGGAAGUAAGCGGUUAUGUCGCAGAGCAAAGCGUCAAAUCUAUCGAAAAACUCCACACAUCUACGACUACAAUCGCCACCCAGAAAACGAAGGAUGCCGCUGAAUAUAUUUCGGAAGAAACUUCAAAGUCGUUGAAGCAGAUGGGUGAAGCUACUUCCGAUAUUGUCAAUACCGUAAGCGAAAAGACAAAAGAAGCAGCGAAUUACUGCGCGGAAGAAACGACCAAGUCGUUGGACAAACUUCGGGAAACUACGACGGAAAUCGCGACUCAGGCAAUAGAUAAGUCCAAAGAAGCCGCAGAUUUCGUCUCAAAGGAAUCGGCCAAGUCUUUGAAAGAAAUUAGCGAUGCAGCGUCUGACCUUGCAAAUACCGCUGUUGAGAAAACGAAGGAAACCGGGAACUAUGUCGUCGAUGAAACAACCAAGUCUCUUGAUAAGCUUCGAGAAACAACGACAAGUUUGGCUGAGCAGACCAUGGCAAAAUCUAAAAAGGCCGCAGAUUACAUGAGUGACGAAGCUUCAAAAUCACUAAAGAAAGUUGGCGAGGCUUCGACAAGCCUAGCGAGCAUGACGGCCCAAUUUACGAAAGACGUUCUUAGCUCGGCCAGUAGCUGGGUACCAAAGACCGGGUCUACCAAAGAGGAGGGCGCAUUGACACCGACAGCCUCCGCUUCUCCAGCAAAACUUCCCGCUCCAAUAGUCGUUUCUAAACAAGAAGAGUUGCCAAAAAAAGUGGCGCCAAUGCCGAUGGAGAUCGUGCCCAAGAAGGAUGAGGUUGUUCAGCCAGCGCUUCCGGGUAUUUUGGCCACAAUGAAGAACACGAUUACGGGUCUUGUCAAGAGAACUACCGCCCCUGCCGACGAAUUGGAACUUGAAAAACAACAGGAGCGGCGUCGCGUCUUCGGCUUCCUAUACCCGUUCGUGGCUGCCUCGCUGCCGGCCGGAAUGAAUCCCGCAGAAAGGAAGCGCGCUUUCAGUCGAUGGAUCACCGAUGCGUUGUUGAGCUCGGGUAACACUUUCAGGGGUGUCUGCGGUUAUUAUCUGGCAGCUGGUUGGAGAGCAGCGCCAAAAAUCAACUCGAAUGAAGCGUCCAGUGCAGCAGAGCAUUUCCUGAUGGAUUCAGCCGAUAAGCUCUCUGGCGUCGUGAUGGCAGCAGAACAAUUCUCCGUCCCAGCUGCGAUCAUAUUCUCGUGGCUCAGCCUGCGUCGAGGGCACAAGUUUGAUCGGAAGAGCGGCACCGUUAUGUACAAAGUCGAAGCCGUUGCUCACAUUGUCGCUUCGUCUACCGGAAGUUUUGCCGGAACUAAACUGCUCGAAGUGAUGGGCAGCACCAUGUUUCCGGACAGCAGUACACUAAUCUAUGGAAUGGUUGGUGCGCUCGUCGGAUCGGCGGGCAGUCUGGCCAUCACUCGCCUCGGCAUUGCUCGGUAUAUGAGAAAGAAUUCCCCUAAA